AUGGAGGAACUGAAGAAUCGCUACUAUAGUGGUAAGUUAUCAUUUUCAGAAAAGAAAUCGAGACCCCAGAAGGAUUCUCAGAGAAAACCCGAUGGCAUUUCGCGCGAGGUUUAUGCGCUUACAGGUGGUGUGGCGCCUCUUAUGCCUUCCAUUGAUCCCAAUCAGUUAAAAAAGCAUCAUCAACCUGAAAAUGAGAAGAUAACUUGGGAAUGGCUUGCUUUCACAAAUUCUGCUCGAAAAGAUAACUUGCAGCUGUACCAUUGGGUUAGAGUUGUAAAUGGAACUCCACCGCCAGGAGAUUAUUCCUUUGCAAAAUACAACAAUUCAUCGGAUGCUUUCUUUUUCUUGUCUUCAUUAUUACCAACAGUUGUCUAUGGUUCUCUCCCAGACAAUAUCUCUCAAGAGAUAGAGCGUAAGCGUGCAUUGUCCAUGGUUCUCUCCCAAACAAAGCACCAAGAGCGUAAAGAUGCUGAGGUUCUUUCUGAAGCUAAGAAAAUAACCGAGUCACGUAUGGCUGCAAAGGCUGCUCAAGAUGCAGAGUUGGCUGUCACAUCAAAUAUUAGUCCAGAAGGCGUGGAGAAAACUGGUGCUCCUGCUGAUACCGCAUUAACUUCUAGUAUGCAGCUUCGGGUGAACUUGAGAACCUAUGCACUGGAUCAAAUGGUGGAAGCUGCAAGCUCUUCAGCAGGAUUGCGAACUAUUAAGCGUGUUGAACAGUUAUUACAAGAGCUCAAGGUUUCUUACUAUCCAUUCCUCUAUACAUUCUUCAAUGCCAGAUUGUUAUUACUAUCUUUCGUUGUUUAUUACCUUACUCAUACAGUAAGGUUGAUGAAAGCGAAUAGCUCUGGAGUUAGAAGAGGAAAAGAAAGCUCAAGCUGA